GGGACUUCCCAGCGGAGGAAACAUGGGCACCACGGAAGCCACGCUGCGGAUGGACAAUGUGGAGGUCAAGGAAGAGUGGCAGGACGAGGACUUCCCCAGCUCCCCCAAGCUCUUUACAUUUUAAUAACGGAGCUCACCACAAGAGGAAGACUCUGGUUGCUCCGGAAAUCAACAUUUCUUUGGACCAGAGCGAAGGCUCCCUCCUGUCCGACGAUUUCCUGGACACGCCGGAUGACCUGGAUAUAAAUGUUGAUGACAUUGAAACGCCGGAUGAGACGGAUUCUCUGGAAUUCCUGGGAAACGGCAACGAGCUGGAAUGGGAGGAUGAUACUCCCGUGGCCACCGCCAAGAACAUGCCCGGAGACAGUGCAGAUCUCUUUGGAGAUGGAGGCGGGGAAGAGGGCGGCGCCCCCAACGGCCGCAUGUGGAGGACGGUCAUAAUUGGGGAACAGGAGCACCGCAUCGAUCUGCAGAUGAUCAAGCCCUACAUGAAGGUGGUAACUCAUGGAGGUUAUUACGGGGAAGGCCUCAACGCCAUCAUUGUCUUCGCGGCUUGCUACUUGCCGGACAGCAGCCUGCCUGACUAUCAUUACAUCAUGGAGAACCUCUUCCUGUUACGGAAGAACCUGAAAGCGUUAAUAAUCGUUCACCCUUCUUGGUUCAUUCGGACGGUGCUGGCGAUUUCCCGGCCGUUCAUCAGCGUGAAAUUCAUCAGCAAAAUCCAGUAUGUCCACACCUUGGAGGAACUGGCUCACACGAUUCCCAUGGAGCACGUCCAGAUUCCACUUGGCAUCCUGCAGGCGGAAGGAGUGACCCAGGAGGCGGCUGAGAGAGAGAGCAUGUCAUGAAUCAGGACGGAGAGACGGACGGGGCUGAAGAAACCACCCGAGAACCCAACUGCUACGCAUUCCUUUUCUGGCCUUGUCCGAUUUUGUCGAAACACCUCAUCUUCCGUCCAUCGGAAGAAGCAACCCGCCGUUUCUCCAUCCCCAGAGCCAAAGUCAACGCGCGAGACUCCAUCCCACCACCCAGUUUGCAAAGGAAGGAGCCCCUUCCAGUCAAGGCAUUGAGCACUUGAGUUUCCAGAGAGAUCCGUAGGCUACGACCUUGGGAGAAGGAUCACAUCUGCUUCCCCCCCCAAAAAAUGGAGAUCUGGAUUUUUGGGGGGGCACAGCAAGGCCUUUCCUGCAGUGGCUCGAAGUCAGAAACCAUCGAAGCGAAGGCCAACAUGGAAAAGCACAUUUUUCGUACCGGAUCAUUGCAAAAAGAGAUGUUCACCUUAUGUAUCGAUCUGUCCCGAACACCUUAAGCCUUCUUCUCCAUUCAGGGGGUGGUUUGUUUAGCCCUGUUUUAACAGACACAGAAGAUGGAUCCCUCCUUAACCCUUGAAUUGGGAUGUGGGGGUGGGGGGCUCGCGCUGAGAUCCCCUGCGGCAGAUAAUGUGAAAUGGAACUUCGAUCCCAACCUCCUGUUUCACGAGUCUCUCUGCAUCCUUAACCCCCCCCACACACAACAGCAAAGCAUGUCCUUCGACCGUCAGCAUCCAAACAGGACUUUGAUUGUUUUUAACAAUGCUGGACAAUCGUCCUUCCUCUUUGUAGCUGGAUGGGAUAGAAGUUGCAAACAGACCAAGAUUUCCUAGGACAAGCAAAAAAAUAAAAUAAAAAACCAGGAAAGGAAGCAGAUGCUAAUCAGCCGAGUCAAAAAAAUACACACGGUUGCAAGAUCUACGUUUUUCUUAAGCAAAAAAAUAAAUAAUAAAAAAUCACGUUCCUCUCGAGCAUCAAUAAACGUGAGGAAUAUCCAGUGGGAGUCAAAACAACCCACAAAGUGAUUUAGUGGGGAAGGCUGGGGACGUUUAGGAGCAUAAUAAUGAUGGAUUCAUAGACUUGAAACCCCACUCAGAUUGAAGACACACAGAUCCCUCCCUCCCUCCCAUAAAACAGGAUCUGAAAAUCUUUUUUCUUACCUACCUCUCUUUGGGUGUUAAAGGAACCAGGCCUGGCUAGUCUAGGGAAGAGAAGGACCAGGGGAGACAGGAGAGCAUCUUCCAAUAUU